CUACGUGGACAAACCGAACCUCCUCAGUCGGCUCCUGGACUGGGAACACUGCGGUCGCUCUUUGUGAUCGGUUGCACCGCCGGUGUAGCGAUAGCAAGAGGUAACCUGCUAGUUCGUCGCUUUGGCCAUGGCAGCUCCAGGGAGGACAUCGUCAUCCAUCGAGGUGGUGUACCAGGAAACCACGAUGGUUAGGCCUGAGCCUCCACCUCCGCCGCCGCCUCCCGCUAUGGGCGUCAGUUCCAGCAUUGAGAUAACAACCAUGGACCCAAUGGGUGGCGCCACGGUGGUGACAAUGGGCUGCCCCAGCAUGGGCUGCCCCAACAUGAACGUCCGUGCCUCGAUGUCGAACCAGGGAGCCAACAUGCAAGUAACAUCCAACGACAUGGGAAUGAUGGGGCAGCCUCAGGUGGCGCAGCCUCGACGAAGUGUCUCCAGCACGCGCUUCGAAAGGCGUACUAUCAUUGAAGGCGGUAAUGAAACUGUCGAAGAAUACGAGAAUGGACGGCUUGUCAGGAAAAUGCUUAAUGGAAAGGAGCAGCCCUUGCGGUAAACGUCGGAACGAUUGAAUGGACUGCGUAAUCCUUGCAGUAAAAUUUUGUUACUGAGC